CUUUACAUUUCGACCUAUUCACACCAUAGAUAAUAGAAUCUUCUAUUAUCCAUGAUCACAUAUGCUCGAAUAAUUCUGAUUAUCUUUCUUGGUAUCCCCAAUUGCUCCAUUACUUUCCAUAGUCUGUCUCCUUUUCACUGAAUCGUAUACCACGUUGAAGUCCACAAACAGUAAAUGGACAUCUUCGUCAAACUCAUGGCUUUCGAUUAUCUGUUUGACAACAUGGAUUUGGUCCAGAGUCGAUUUUACAUUUUCACACACAAUAUUCUCCAAUAUUUAUGGGGAAACAUUAUUGAAUAAGCGCUACGAUCGUAGAUCUAGAUGUGAUAAGAAAAUUGAUCGUACAAAAAUUUUUUCUGCCAAGAACCGUUCGUUGCUUAUCACCGUCCCGCGCUCUUCAACCACUCGCCACGUGUAUAGAACCGCGUCUUCUCUUCCAUGCCUCGUCCGUCGUUGUCCACCCGAUAAGGUGGCCACCGUCGGCCGUCUAUUGGUCGGUUUACACUCGUUUCAGGGGAGGGGGAGGUUUUUUUUUUAUCAGUCAACAGCGCUCGCGUGCGCCCGCAGCGGCAGCUGCUCGUCCACUCGUAUCGAUUGGAGUUCGUGGUUCGCAAACGGCGGGCAAUUUGAGCGCCUUCUGGCCAUCGACCGUUGUACGCUGACUGUUGGUUGUUGACGCGGCAACGAGCAGCACCACUACUCGGACCCGAAAAAGGAUAUAAAGAAUUAAAAUGAAAUUUGCCGAGCAUUUGGCCGCGCACAUCACUCCCGAGUGGAGAAAACAGUACAUCAGCUACGAAGAGAUGAAGGAAAUGCUGUACGCUGCUGUCGAACAGGUGCCAGCGCCUGACCAAGUCGAUCCGGAUUCGCUGUCGCGUUACUAUGCCAAAUUCGACGAAAAGUUUUUCAGCUUUUGCGACAAAGAACUCGCUAAAAUCAACACUUUCUAUUCAGAAAAAUUGGCGGAAGCGACUAGAAAAUUUGCUAACCUCCAAAGUGACCUGAGAGAGUCGCAAGAUGAUAAAAUCAAACCCAAAGAUUCCAGUGGGAACUUGAAGCCGGUAAAACGGAAAAUACUCAGGAAGAACACAACGACGCGUAAGACGCAAGAACUAAAAUUGGCUUUCAGCGAGUUCUAUUUGAGUUUGAUUCUGCUGCAAAACUAUCAGAAUUUAAAUUACACGGGAUUUCGGAAGAUUAUGAAAAAACAUGACAAGUUGCUGGGUUCCGAAGGCGGUUCGGGUGGCCGUUGGAGAUCGGAAGUAGUGGAAAACGCUCAUUUCUACUGCAACAAAGAUAUUGACAGACUGAUCAGCGAGACUGAGGCUACGGUCACGCAGGGACUGGAAGGAGGAGACCGACAAAGGGCUAUGAAAAGGCUACGGGUACCGCCUCUGGGCGAACAACAAUCACCGUGGAUCACUUUCAAAGUCGGCUUGUUUUCUGGCGCUUUUGUUGUUAUGUUGUUGGCAGUCAUCAUCACCGGCAUCGCUCACGGGGACAGGAACACCGACUGGCGGGUCAUGGUCAGGCUGUACCGGGGCCCGCUGCUGCUGGUCAUAUUCCUGUUCCUCAUGGGCAUCAACGUGUACUGCUGGCGGUCGUCCGGCGUCAACCACGUGCUCAUCUUCGAGCUGGACCCUCGGAACCAUCUCACCGAGCAGCACAUCAUGGAGCUGGCCACCGUUUUCGGUCUGGUGUGGGCCGGCUCGGCGCUGAUAUUCCUGUACAGCGAGGCGCUGCACAUACCGCCGUACAUCAACCCGCUCAUCCUGGCCGUGCUCAUGAUCGCGUUCCUGUUCAACCCGACGAAAACUUUGCGGCACGACGCUCGUUUCUGGGUGCUGCGCGUCGCGGUACGCAUACUGUUCGCCCCGUUUUUCUACGUGGGCUUCGCCGACUUUUGGUUGGCCGACCAACUGACCAGUCUGGUUCCCGCGUUGCUGGACUUUCAAUAUCUCGUGUGCUUCUACCUGACCAACGACCAGUGGAUGACCAAUAAAACCAUCGACAUCGACGGUUCGAAGUGCGUGGAGCGCGUGUGGCUUCUGCGGCCGUUCGUCGCGUGCCUGCCCGCGUGGUUCCGGUUCAUGCAGUGCCUGAGGCGGUACAGGGACUCGCGGGAAGCGUUCCCUCAUUUGGCCAACGCCGCCAAGUACGCCACCACCUUCUUCGUGAUCACGUUCUCGUUCCUGAACCUCCAGUACGCAAAGAAACACCCCAAGGAGGACUCGAACGUGUUCUUCUACCUGUGGAUAUCCGCGUCCGUGUUCAGCUCGCUGUACUCGUACGUCUGGGACAUAAAAAUGGACUGGGGACUUUUCGACCGGAACGCCGGGGAGAACAGGUUCCUCCGCGAAGAGAUCGUGUACUCGUCGACGGCAUUUUACUACAUCGCAAUUGUGGAAGAUUUUGUCUUACGUUUCGGUUGGGCGCUAUCAAUGUCUUUAACCGAAAUGGGUUACGUUCACGGUGACUUGAUGGUGUCGAUUUUGUCACCCCUUGAAGUAAUGAGGAGAUUUGUUUGGAAUUUUUUCCGUCUGGAGAACGAGCACUUGAACAACUGCGGUCGAUUUCGAGCGGUCAGGGACAUAUCGGUGGCGCCCAUCGACAGCUCGGACCAGACGCAGAUCCUGCGGCUGAUGGACGAGCGGACGAUGCUGCCCGACUUGAACCGGAACCGGAGGAACAAGGUGCCGGGGACUGGUGGGAUCGGCAAGAAAAUCCCAAACCUCACGUUCCAACCGAGUCGGUCUGUGGACGAACAGGCGUCGCUCAUCCUGGCCAGCCUAGGCACCCGUUGA